GCUCUGUGUGACGUCAUCUGGACCGGACAGUUGCUAAGCUGCGCACGCGUGUCCGUUUGACAACAAUCGUCACCGUCGUCGGUGUUCAUCGCCGACCGACCGACCGACCGGCCGGCGCUCGGACGGUGACAAGUUGGAGCUCGGCUCGCCAGCUCAACACAGCUGGGGAACAGACUACGGACGGGCGUGCGAGCGAGUCCGGUGCGCAGAGUCGUCAUGGCGGCAGCCGCCGCCAAGAUCUCCUGGCGACUGCAGGAGUUUGAGGCUCACGGCAGUCGCGUUUGCUGCGCCUCUCUGGGCAAACGUACGGGUCGCCUCCUGGCGAGCGCAGGCGAAGAUUGCAAAGUCAACAUCUGGUCCGUCAGCAAGGCCAACUGCAUCAUGAGUCUGUGCGGCCACAGGAAGGCGGUGGAGUGCGUCCACUUCAACGCGUCCGAGGAGCAGCUGGCCACCGGCUCGCAGUCGGGAUCCAUCCUGGUGUGGGACCUGGAGGCCGCCAAGAUGCUACGAACGCUACCGGGACACAAAUCCAGCAUCACCAGUUUUGCUUUCCAUCCUUUUGGAGACUUUUUGGUGUCCGGCUCCACCGACACCAACAUCAAGAUGUGGGACGUGCGCAGGAAAGGCCCCAUUUACAGGUACAAGGGUCACACCGCGGCCGUCCGGAGUUUGGCCUUCAGCCCUGACGGGAAGUGGUUGGCGUCGGCGAGCGACGACUGCACGGUCAAGCUGUGGGACCUGAAGCAGGCCAAGACCAUCACAGAGUUCACGGCGCACACGGCCGCUGUCGGCACCAUCCAGUUCCACCCCAACGAAUAUCUGUUGGCCUCGGGUGGCGCCGACAGGUGGGUGAGGCUGUGGGAUCUGGAGAAGUUCUGCCAGGUAGGGGCGCUACAGGACACGGGCGCCAUCAGGUGUGUGAUGUUCAGCGCCGACGGCAGCUGCCUGUACAGCGGCCACGCCGACGUCCUGGGCGUGUGCGCGUGGGAACCCGAGCGCUGGCUGGACACGGUGACGGUGGGCUGGGGGCGGGUGGCCGACCUGGCGCUCUGCAACCAGCAGCUGAUGGGCGUGUCUCACCAGCUGAGCAGCGUGUCAACCUACGUGGUGGACCUUAAGCGCGUCAAGACCAGCGCUGCGCCAAACGCCGCCGCGGAGAAUGACAUGGCUCCGGCGGCCCCGGCCGGCGUGCAGCCCACCGGCGGCAAGGCGGGCGGACCGCGCCGCAGCUACCAACGCCCGGCCUCGCCGUCUCAAGGCCUCAAGAGGAGCGCGGAAGCCGAGAGGCGGAGUCCCGAAGGGGAGAGGCGUAGCCCCAGCGAAGACGAGGCGGACGACAAAGCUUCCUCGGCCCAAAUCCACAACGCGCAAGACUACCGGGAAAUAUUCCAGCCCCGCAACGCCAUCUGUCGGACGCCUCCCGGGAUGUCGGAGCCUUUUCCCGCCCCGCCCGAGGACGAAGGAGCCGAUGGCAAUGUGGCGGCGGCGGCGGCAGCGCUUUGUCCCGACCAACAGCUGCCGGUUUCCACGUCGGCGGCCCCGUCCACUCCGGUCCAGCGGGUAGAGCCGACGGUGGUUGCCUGUGUGAAACGGGCCGCCCCGUCCGCCAGCGAGCAAGCCCAGCCUCCGCCGGUCGAAAUAUUCCCGGCCAGCAGGAGCGAGCCCAGCGGCCUGGACGUGGCCGACUUCCUGUCGGCCCGCCGCGGCGGAGGAAUCCUAAGCGAGAGCGACGUUUUGAAUCACAUCCAAAACGGGCACGCCACCAUGUGCGUCAUGCUCAGCAACCGACGCAAGAACCUGCAAAGUGUCAGAGACGUGUGGGCCCGCCAGGGCAUCAAGAGCGCGCUGGACGUCGCCGUCGCAAUGAACGACCUGUCCAUAGUCGUGGAUGUCCUCAACAUCAUCAACGUGCAACCGUCGCUAUGGACUUUGGAUGUGUGCGCAAGCAGCCUUCCUCAGAUUGACACCCUUCUGCAGAGUAAAUAUGAAAGUUACAUGCAGUGCGGUUGCACAUCCCUGAAGAUCAUCAUGAAAUAUUUCUGGCCGCUGGUCUGCGAAACGCUGAGGGCGGGGCCAUCGGUGGGCGUGGACGUCACGCGAGAGGAACGGCAGCACAAGUGCCACGUGUGCAGCAAGCAUCUGCAGAACAUCAACAACGUGGUGAAGAGCAAAGCGGCGCAGGUGGGGCGGCACGGCUCCGCCUUCGGGGAACUGCGGAUGCUCAUGGCGCAGCUGGACCAACACUCGUGAACGCCGCCAGAUCCUCCUCUGCUCGGUCGCCUCUGCGCCCGCCCGGCGCCGGCCGGCAGAAUUUGGCCGCGGGGCAAAUUCGGGCCUCGCUCCGAGGAAGUGCGCUGACGACGGGAUUCGGAGCGGACCGACUCGCCCGAGCCGCUUAGUGCCUUUGGCCCAUUUGGGAAUAGGCACCGCGUCGGUUUUCAAUGGCCGAUGGCGGGAUGGCCACUUUGAUAGGGCGCCGCCUAUUGUUAGCGCUCCAUGGAAAUGCUGAUUCUCCGUGUCAUCGUUGCACUCUGAAGAUGUCGUGUACGCACGUAUUUUGGAAAUAAAACAAAAUCUUUUGAACUUUG